AUGGUCAAGAGGGGUAGAGCAUCUGUGUUACCGAGUAAUAUCAUUCUUUUACAAAAUCUGGUGAAGAGGGAUCCAGAAUCGUAUCGUGAAGAGUUUUUGCAACAAUAUUCACACUAUGAAUCUCUGAGGGAUAUUUUCAUUAUGAACUCUAUAACUGAUUCUGCUGGUUCUGGACAUUCCGGUGGAUCCUUUGGUGAUGAUUCUUCUAUUGAACAAUUUACAGAUCUUGUUGGAUUCGUUUCGCAAGUGUCCGGUUGCUUUUCUAAAGAGACAGCUAACUUUCCAAAUGAAUUGAAACAAUUAUUGCUAGAACGCCAUCACUGUUUGCCCUUCCGUGUUAAGGAGAAGAUCAUUACCAGCUUGACAAUGUUGCGCAACAAGGACAUUAUAACUCCGGAGAUGUUGAUUCAAACUUUGUUCCCACUGUUAAUUGGAUACUCUUCUUCCCAUUCUAAUAAUAUGGCUGCUAAUUCUCAUGCUAAAGAACUAAGAAAACUUUUGUACAAUAAUGUGGUAUCUCUCUUGAAAAGUUGCAAUACCGGUAGUAAAAACCAGAAGCUGAAUAAAUCCACACAAGCUCUUUGCUUUAAUCUUUUGGAGCAACCGGAUUCUCAGGGUGUUUGGGCAGCAAGAUUAACGAGAGAGUUGUGGAGACGUGGUAUCUGGGAUGAUUCCAGAGCAGUCGAAAUUAUGACUCAGGCUACAUUGCAUGACGACAUUAAGAUUGUAAAUUCUGGAGUCUUGUUCUUUUUGGGUGCUGAUCGUGAAAGAGAGGAGAACUUUGAAGAAAGUUCUGAUGAUGACGAGCUUGACGUCCAAUCUCUAAGACACAAACUAAAGAUCAAUAAGAAAUCCAGUAAGAGAGGAAAGAAGUUGGAAAACGUUGUAAAACAAAUCAAGAAAAAGAAUAAUAACAAAGCCACCAAUGUUCAAGGAUAUUUAAACUUUAGUGCCAUUCACCUACUGAGAGAUCCUCAGGGAUUUGCGGAAAAGUUAUUUGCAAAACAUCUUUCUGGGAAGGCAAACAAUAAUAAGUUCAACUUAGAACAGAAAAUAUCUCUACUGCAGUUGCUCUCCAGAUUAAUAGGUACACACAAGUUGUUGGUUUUGGGAGUUUAUUCCUUCCUACUAAAAUAUUUGACGCCAAAACAGACCGACGUGACGAAGAUCAUGGCUGCUGCUGCACAGUCAUGCCACGACCUUGUACCUCCCGAAUAUAUAUCAGUGGUGGUAAGAAAAAUAGCAGACGAAUUUGUCUCAGAUGGUGUCGCUUCUGAAGUUUGCGCUGCAGGUUUAAACACUAUUAGAGAGAUUUGUUCCCGUGCUCCCCUUGCCAUUGAAGAAACUUUGCUGCAAGAUUUGACCGAAUAUAAAGGAUCCAAAGCUAAAGGUGUGAGCAUUGCAGCAAAAUCCUUGAUCUCUCUAUACCGUGAAAUCUCACCUGAAAUGCUGAAACGUAAGGAUAGAGGAAAGAUUGCCGCCAUGGAAUUGCAAGAACAAAAGAGAAAUGCAGACGGGGAGAAUCUUCAACCCAAGAGGCCCCAGUUUGGUGUGGAAAACAACGUACAAGGUAUCCAGGGUAUUGAACUGUUAGCCAAGUGGGAAAAGGCUCAAGGUAAGGAACUACAAGAUGAUGACGCUGCAAAUUGGGAAGUUGCCUCGAUGGAUGAAGACGAAGACAUUGCUGGUGAAUGGGUUACAGUUGAGAGCGACAAAGAAUACGAAGUUGAUAUGAGCGACAGUGAAAAAGAAAACGACAGUGACAGUGAUCUUAACUUGAGUGAUGACAACGACGACACCGAAGAUCCGCCUUCUCCAGAAUUAGACUCUGAUAAAAAGGACCAGGAACUAGACCAAGAAACAGCCUUCAAACAGAUAGCAUCCUCCAGAAUAUUAACUCCAGCUGACUUCGCCAAAUUACAAGAAUUGCGUACCGAACAAGGCGUCGCAAAACUUAUGGGCGUUCAUAAUGAAGAAACAGUAGAUUCUGCAUCUCUAGUAGGUCCUGUCAAGUACAAACAGAGCAAAGAAGAAAGAAUUGAACGUGUUCUAGAGGGCCGUGAGGGCCGUGAGAAGUUCGGAAGCCGCAAACAGAACAGAGACAGCCAAGGGAGAUCAACCACCAAUCGUGAAAAGCAAAGAAAGAAGAACUUCGUCAUGAUGAUCCACAAACGCUCUGUCCAGGGCAAACAGAAAAUGUCACUAAGAGAUAAACAGAAACUCCUCACAGCGCAUGUUACAAAGCAAAAGAAAAAGGGUCAUUGA